UAUACAUUUAAACACACACACAUAUAUACACGUAUAACUCCGCGAAGCUAGGGAGCAUCGUCACAGAGUAAUCAUGGCGAUGAGAAUUACUUUUUCGAUCGUCGUAGUUUCCGCAGUAAUCGUCACCGUGUUUUUCAUAUCCGGACACUUCUCCGGCUGGUCGAACUCUGAUACCGAAGCAGAUUUCAAAAAAGUUAAGUUAGUCGGAGCUGCGCGUAGGAGCGGCGAUGAGCCGAGAGCUCUGAUCUCUGCUGAAAUAGCAUACAGAUUUAAGCCGAUUUCCAAAAAAAGAGAAAGUGAUAAAUUGGAGGAGGGAUUGGCCAGAGCAAGAGCAGCAGUUAGAAGAGUGGCUUCAAUCAGAAACAACAAUUCAGUAAUUAUGGAUAGUAAUCAUAUUAUAUCUUCGUCAAUCUAUCGAAAUCCCACCGCAUUUCUUCAGAGUUACAAGGAAAUGGAAAGAAGAUUGAAGGUGUAUGUAUAUGAAGAAGGAGAGGUGCCAAUAGUGCAUGAUGGUCCAUGCAAAGACAUAUACACCAGUGAAGGGAGAUUCAUCCAUGAGAUGGAGCAUGGCAGCCAUAGAUUCAGGACAAGCAGAUCCGAAGAAGCUCAUGUCUAUUUCAUGCCAUUCAGUGUCACACGGAUGGUGAAGUAUCUGUACAAGCCUAACACCUACGACCUCACCCCACUCCAAGAAUUCGUCUCCGGUUAUGUGAAACUCAUCUCCACCAAGCACCCCUUCUGGAACAGAACUCAAGGAGCUGACCAUUUCAUGCUUUCUUGCCAUGAUUGGGGACCUCGGGCCUCGGAAGGAAAUGCACACCUCUACAACAAAUCAAUCCGCGUCCUGUGCAAUGCCAACUCCUCCGAAGGAUUCAAUCCUCAGAAAGAUGUGAGCCUGCCUGAGAUCCAUCUCUAUGGUGGCUAUGUGAACCCAAAGUUGAUCUCUCCUCCUCGUCCGACUAUCCCAAGGCCCUACCUUGCAUUCUUUGCUGGUGGCCUCCAUGGCCCGGUCAGGCCGAUCCUCCUCCACCAUUGGAAGGGCAGAGACCCUGACCUCCACAUCUAUGAGUACCUCCCUAAAAAUCUUGACUAUUAUGACUAUAUGCUGAAAUCAAAGUUCUGCUUAUGCCCCAGUGGAUAUGAAGUGGCAAGCCCCAGAAUUGUGGAGGCCAUCUAUGCAGAGUGCAUCCCUGUGAUACUAUCAGAUCACUAUGUGCUCCCAUUCAGUGAUGUUCUGAGGUGGGAGGCAUUCUCGCUACAGGUAAACGUUACAGAAAUAGUGCGGUUGAAAGAGAUUUUGAUGGCAGUAACCGAAGACGAGUUUUUGAGGCUCAAGGAAGGGUUGAGAGCUACAAGGAAGCAUUUUGUUCUGAACCAGCCGGUUGAGAGAUUUGAUAUGUUUCACAUGAUCUUGCACUCUGUUUGGCUUAGGCGGUUAAAUCUACGCAUUUGAUAAGUAAGUAAAACUACAAUAUGUAUGUGUAUAAACUCCAAUUCUUUUUACUAGUCCCUGGCCUGUAUGUCUAUGUAUAACAAGUAUAUUUGCCUUCCUCAUUAGAAAACAGUUCUCACAUCGAAGUAUAAAUGGACCCACCAUU